CCAGCGCCAGCGCGUUAACCUGGCUCGCGCAGCCUACGCGGACGCCGACCUGGUGCUGCUGGACAACGCGCUGUCCGCAGUUGACCACCACACCGCCCACCACAUCUUCGACGCCUGCAUCCGCGGGCUGUUCGCGGCCAAGGCAGUAGUGUUGGUGACGCACCAGGUGGAGUUCCUGCCGCGGUGCGAUGCGGUGGCAAUCAUGGACGAGGGGCGCUGCUUGUACUUUGGCAAGUGGACGGAGCCUGCCCAGCAGCUGCUCGGCGAGCUGCUUCCCGCAACCCACCUACUGCAUGCGGCGGGCUCGCAGGAGGCGCCGCCCGCACCGCCUCCCGCGCCCAAGAAGGAGAAAGAGAGCAAGAUGGUGCCCAAGAAGACUGAGUCUAUGCAGCUCACCCUGGCCCCCACCUCUCUGGGCCGCAAUCCCACCUCCGGCAAGGCACCCCAGCGCAAACCCGCACAGCAGGUCAGCGCCCUCCGCGCCGCGCUCAUCUACGUCUGGUACGGCAACCUCGCGCUGGUCGGCGUCUGCUUCCUCUUCUUCCUGGCGGCGCAGACCUCCCGCCAAAUUUCCGAUUUCUGGGUGCGAUGGUGGGUCAACGACGAGUACAACUACUUUCC